AUGUGCAAGCUUUUGGCUCUAUUGGCUAUUAUCGUGACUUUGGCUUCUGGAACUUCCACACCUUCCUCACCAGUUUCUGCGGAAAAUAAGCCACCGGUUGCCAAAUCUCACCCUUUCCAAGCUGGCCUACCAACGGCACCUUCUGGAUCUUUCUCUCAUCCACCUUCUUCUGGACUUUUUUCGACUGGUCUCCCAACUCCGAUUACAGGACAUUCCGGAAUAAUAUAA